UCUACAUCCCUAAAUUCAUUGAAGAUUCCAGUUGAAUGCUAGUCAGUGGUCCACAUAAAUAAUUGUUUUGCUGUGAAAAUUACUUGAUAAAUUACAAGUUGGGCGUACGCAGCGGGCGCACAACAUUCUGCAUUCAAUCGGUUACUCACCGCAGUGUCACUCAAACAGUUGCCUUUUCGUUAGUUUAACUUGUGUACACAUACACACAAAUGUAUAUAUUUUUUUUUUUAAUGACUAACUGUUGUGUGAAUGUACAUGGAGAGGAUUCUUAGUCCCAGCUGCAAAUCGGGAGACCUGACUUGUUCGCACAUAACGCAUUCUGCUGGUUUCAUUGUUUGUGAGCAGCUAAGUUUUUCGCCUUUUAUUUUUUUUUGCAUUGGUAUCGGUUUUACGUGAUAUCGAGUGUGUGUGUAUGAGAACCACAUAAGCGAUUUUUGUUGUGCGCACGGCUUACGCAUAUUCUUUUUUUUUUAUCUCAAUGAUAGUUAACCCGAAAAACAUACACACACACCAGCAGUAAUCAAUGUGCAAGAAGCUGAAGUGACAAGCAAAUUGAAAGCAGGAGUCAAGUGCAUAUAGAGACGCAAAAACAGUUUGAUAACACAACAAGAAUCGGACGGCAGCACUUGCAGCAGUUUCGCCAGAGCCCUCUUUUGAGCUAACGAAAAAACGGAACGAAAAAAUCGGGGUCGAAGUAGUAGUAGGCGUUCUCCGCUGCGCAGCGCCGUCGUUGGACAUCUACACCUCGAAUUCUUCAAAUCAUUGCGAAAACAUAUAGAUUAUUUUGCUGAGACCGGAACAACAACAGUCGGGGAAAACGCGCCGCGAUGGAUAAUCUAAUAACCAUUGUAAACAAGCUGCAAGAUGCGUUCACAUCGCUCGGCGUGCACAUGCAAUUGGACUUGCCACAAAUCGCCGUUGUUGGUGGGCAGUCCGCAGGCAAAAGUUCGGUUUUGGAGAAUUUCGUUGGCAAGGACUUCUUGCCACGAGGUUCUGGAAUUGUGACUCGUCGACCUUUGAUAUUGCAACUGAUAAACGGAGUUACCGAAUAUGGCGAGUUCCUUCACUGUAAGGGUAAAAAGUUCUCCAGCUUUGAUGAGAUUCGCAAGGAGAUCGAAGAUGAAACGGAUCGUGUGACUGGCAGUAAUAAAGGCAUUUCGAACAUUCCAAUUAAUCUGCGCGUUUACUCGCCGCAUGUCCUCAAUCUCACCCUGAUCGAUUUACCCGGAUUAACUAAAGUGGCAAUCGGCGAUCAGCCCGCGGAUAUCGAGCAUCAAAUCAAGCAGAUGAUCUUCCAGUUCAUCCGGAAAGAGACAUGCUUAAUUCUGGCCGUCACGCCGGCCAACACAGAUCUGGCUAACUCAGAUGCGUUGAAGCUGGCCAAGGAGGUGGAUCCGCAGGGUGUUCGCACCAUAGGCGUUAUAACCAAGCUGGAUCUCAUGGACGAAGGCACGGAUGCAAGGGAUAUUCUGGAGAACAAGCUUCUGCCGCUGCGACGCGGAUAUAUAGGUGUCGUGAAUCGAUCACAGAAGGAUAUCGAGGGACGUAAGGACAUACAUAUGGCGCUGGCUGCCGAGCGCAAGUUCUUCUUAAGCCAUCCAUCGUACCGUCACAUGGCCGAUCGCCUGGGCACUCCCUACUUGCAGCGCGUCCUUAAUCAGCAACUAACCAACCAUAUAAGGGACACGUUGCCGGGCCUGCGGGAUAAAUUGCAGAAGCAGAUGCUGACCCUGGAGAAGGAGGUCGAGGAGUUUAAGCAUUUCCAGCCUGGCGAUGCCAGCAUCAAAACCAAGGCCAUGCUCCAAAUGAUUCAGCAGUUGCAAUCGGACUUUGAGCGAACAAUCGAGGGCAGCGGCUCCGCCUUAGUCAAUACCAAUGAGCUCUCUGGCGGCGCCAAAAUUAAUCGCAUUUUCCAUGAACGUCUACGCUUUGAGAUUGUUAAGAUGGCCUGCGACGAGAAGGAGCUGCGGCGCGAGAUCUCAUUUGCCAUUCGCAAUAUUCACGGUAUUCGUGUCGGUCUCUUCACGCCCGAUAUGGCCUUUGAGGCAAUUGUCAAGCGACAAAUAGCAUGUCUCAAGGAGCCGGUCAUUAAGUGUGUCGAUCUAGUUGUGCAGGAAUUGUCGGUGGUUGUCCGUAUGUGCACAGCCAAGAUGAGCCGGUAUCCACGCUUGCGGGAGGAAACGGAGCGUAUUAUUACCACGCAUGUCCGACAACGGGAGCACAGUUGCAAGGAGCAAAUACUGCUCCUUAUCGACUUUGAGCUGGCCUACAUGAAUACCAACCAUGAGGAUUUUAUUGGUUUUGCUAAUGCCCAAAACAAAUCGGAGAAUGCUAAUAAAACCGGUACACGACAGCUUGGUAAUCAAGUUAUACGCAAGGGUCACAUGGUUAUACAAAAUCUUGGAAUUAUGAAAGGCGGAUCGCGGCCUUAUUGGUUUGUGUUAACAUCCGAAAGUAUCUCCUGGUAUAAGGACGAGGAUGAGAAAGAAAAGAAAUUUAUGCUGCCGUUGGAUGGUUUAAAGUUGCGCGAUAUUGAACAGGGCUUUAUGUCAAUGUCUAGACGUGUCACAUUUGCUUUAUUUAGUCCCGAUGGACGUAAUGUUUAUAAGGAUUACAAACAACUGGAGUUGUCCUGCGAGACGGUCGAGGAUGUUGAGUCGUGGAAGGCAUCCUUCUUACGGGCCGGUGUCUAUCCCGAGAAACAGGAGACCCAAGAAAAUGGAGAUGAGGAAGGACAAGAGCAACAAUCGCAGAGCGAGGAGAGUUCCUCCGAUCCACAGCUGGAACGACAGGUGGAGACCAUACGCAACCUGGUCGAUUCGUACAUGAAGAUCGUAACGAAGACCACCCGCGAUAUGGUGCCCAAGGCCAUUAUGAUGCUGAUCAUCAACAAUGCCAAGGACUUUAUCAACGGCGAGCUGCUGGCCCAUCUCUAUGCGUCCGGUGAUCAGUCACAAAUGAUGGAAGAGUCGGCUGAAUCGGCCACGCGACGAGAAGAAAUGCUGCGAAUGUACCGGGCCUGCAAAGAUGCCUUGCAAAUUAUUGGGGACGUAUCCAUGGCAACUGUAUCAUCGCCAUUGCCGCCUCCGGUAAAGAAUGAUUGGCUGCCCAGCGGCUUGGAUAAUCCACGACUUUCCCCACCAAGUCCGGGCGGUCCUCGUAAGCCAGCUCCUACCGCACAGGGCACCAUGGGUGGACGAAAUCCCCCAUUGCCGCCAGCUACUGGUCGCCCAGCUCCAGCGAUUCCAAACAGGCCAGGAGGCGGUGCACCGCCACUACCUGGUGGUCGACCAGCCGGCACGUUGCCACCACCAAUGCUACCAUCACGUCGUUAAGUUGUUGUUCAGCCAUCGCGAGAUAUGUACAUCCAUAGGCCGAGAUCGAUCCACCUUAUAUAAAUUAAUAUAUGUAUCUUGCUGACGAUUUAACCAACACACAAUAUCGCCAAUAUUGAAAUAUGUAUUUCGACUUUGGUAUUAUUCCGGCAUAAACAGAUAACACGGCAACAACGAUGUGUGAAAUCGAUACAUUUAUCGUUAAUCGUUUAUGAACUAUUGUAGUUAAUAUUUAAUCUGGCGCGUUAAUAAUAUUGAAAAAGAAUUGUUUAUAGACAUAUACAUACAAACAAGCAGAAAGAAAAGAAGAAAGAAAGAAACUAGUCGAGAAGCACAUGUUUCCUUUUAUUCCAAAAGAAAUUUGUUUUCUUUACAAUUUACUCUUACUUUCCCGUGUAUAUAUAUACAUACAUAUGUAUAUGUAUGUGCUUAUGUAUGUCGAUCGAUGCAUGCAAUACCUUCUACAUCAAAUUAUCCUGUUAAGUCUCGCUUACAACGGCAAAUGCUCAAAAGUUACAUACAUAUAUACAUACAUUUGUAUGGGCAGAUGUCGAAUGACGGAUAUUAACUAAUGAUCUUAAUUAUAAAAGUAAAUAACUAUAAUAUACGGCUUUCGUUAUAACAUAUACAUAAUAUUAUAUGGCUUUGUGUUAUUGUUGUUGAUGUUAACACUAUAACUCUAUGAAAAUGAGAAAUUGUUAGGUAAAGCACAAUUAAAGCUACAUAUGUAAAGUCAGUCACAAAGUAUUUCCUUCUAAUUGAAACCAAAUUAUAAACUUGUCCGUUGGUUAGAGCGACCAUUUCGAUUCAUUUAAAUUUAAUUUUAAAAUCGGCCUAAAGCUGGAGAGACACUUAAGAAACCUCGAUGCUAUUCGAACCAUCGAUAGCUUGUAACAUUAAUGUUUUUCCAGCUUUAUAAUAAUCAUAUUCCAGGCGUAUUAUUUUAUAUUAAUUUUUGUACUAGUUUCAAUGUUUCAAAUCAAUUUAAAAACGCUUGUUUGCUUAAUGCUAAAGCUACUUAUACAAACAUUAAGCAAAACUAUAUCACAUUUCGAGCAAGUCGAGAGAAAACAAGGCAUUCCUAGCUGCUGCAGUCGUGUUAACCCCUAUAGAUUUGUAGAUAAUUUGUUUCAGAGAUUCAAUUUGAAGUUCAAUUUAGGUUUUUUUUUUAAUUGUAAAUGAGAUCAUACUAGUUUUGUGACUCAUUGUAGUAAUCGAUUAUGACGAAGGAAAUAUGCAGCUACUUAUAUUACAACAUACAAGCAAGUUUACGUAUACUAAAUAAAGUGCAUAAAUAAAUAAUUAAAUAAUAAAUACGGCA